AUGACCGACACCACCUCCGCCGUCCAGCUCUGGCAAGGCAAUGAACACCAAAAGCGCGCAGAGCUGUACCACUGCAUUCUUUCGAACCUGCUCACCUUCUGGCAGCAGCAGCAGCAGGACCACGGCAUCGAUGAGAUCCACAACUAUUUGGAGACACACUUCUUUCCCUACUAUCAUGCCAUCCCCUACCGUCAGUCUGCCACCAGCCAGAUGCGUUUCCUACGGGAUGGAGAUGCUUGUACCAACCAUGAAUAUUGGCGCGCCAUUCAGUUUUACGCGGCCGCCAUCACAGUCUUCUUGGACGCCUACGAAGUCACUCACUCUGAAGUUCUGACCAAGUUGGACGAGUAUUUCCGUGACCAGGGCUUCCUGUUCCACUCCCUGGUCCCCCUUGGUCUCAAUGCUGCGAUGGAUGUUUUGGGCUUUCCGAUCAAUGGCCGCUGCUUCUAA